AUGGACUCUUCCACGCCCUCCACAUCGGCCACAUCGGCAGCGGCUUCUGCAACGUCCGUACCAGCUGCGCAAGGGUCUUCGACGUCCAGCUAUGACGCCAGUCAGCGUGCCAAUCCGGUCGUCGCCUUCAUCAUAGGCUUUGCUAUCAUCAUGAUCGCCUCUGUUCUCAACGCUGCAGGACUUAACCUCACCAAGCUCGACCACGUAAGAACGAGUUCUAUUCCGAAGGCUGCCAGAAGGAAGGAUUGGCUGCGUCCGUUAUGGCUGUUGGGGAUGGUACUCUAUGUCUUGUCUCAACUUAUUGGGAGCACGCUAGCACUCGACUACAUGAGAGCAGAAUAUGUCGCACCUUUAGGGUCUGCUUCACUCGUUUUUAAUUUCUUGUUUGCCAGGUUUCUGGUGGGAACUCCGGUCACCAAGACUGAUAUACAUGGUACCAUAGUAGUAGUGUUGGGUGUGAUCGGUAUCGUUGCAUUUGGAGCCAUCAACAGCGGUUUAUCGUCGGAGACGAAUGUUGAACAUCUCACUGCUUUGUGGAGGCGGGGUGGAUGGCUCCUGUUCUUCUUAUGCAUGAGCGUGGCUCUUAUCAUGCUUCUCAUAUUCAUAUAUUCUCUGGAUGCUGUGCUCACCGCUCGGUCGGAUAUCAACUCUGAGCCGUUGUCUGGAGCGACGUCGCUACGAUUGCAUGGUUCAAACACCAAAUUUCUAGCGAAGGUCAAGGAUAAGUGGUAUUUCUUGAUGGCCUGGAUUAGGGAAAGGCUCGAGGUAUGGACGGCACCACAGGACGAUAAACGAAUUGCAUGGGUGCUUGGAAUUGGGUGGGCUUGUUGCGGUGGCGGGCUUGCUGGAGGUUGCCUGGUGUUUGCCAAAGCCACAGUUAAGUUGUUGACAGGCAGUCUGUCACACGAAAAUCCAGGCAACCAGUUCGGCCAUGUGGCUCCAAUAUUCACAAUCGUUUUGUUGGCUAUAACUGCAGUCUUGCAGAUCAUUUGUCUCAACCGGGGCUUAAAGGUGUACGAUUCCACCCUAGUAGUCCCGGUCUUCUACGGUGUUUACACGGCUACAGGUUUCCUGGACUCGCUGAUAUUCAACAACGAAGUUGACGCCUAUAAACCGUGGACACUUUUCCUUAUCUUCACCUCAAUCUUAAUCCUUAUUUCCGGGGUUGUGCUUCUGACGUCGAAGAAACCUGAGCGGUCCAAGCAGACUCCCGGUGGUUUACCGGUGUUCUCACGUGACGGUGCGGGCUCCACUACCAAAGUCGAUGGUCGAGUCGGUGACACGACCGAAGAUGGCAAUUCCGAAGAAGGGUUGGGAGAACUGUGGCAGGUGGGGGAUGUGAGCGAUGACGAGGAUGAUGGUCUUCUACGGCAACACGCGCCGAGGGGUGUGAACGUAUCCCGAGUGCAUGACUUUGCGGGCGGGGAGGAAAGCUCACGGUUGAUGCAAGAUGAAGAAGACCUUCGACAUUGA